CAGCGUUAAAACCCGGCGAGUGGCACUGCAGUCCGCUGCUGCCUGGAGAUAGAUGGCACAGGGGCUGGAGCAGAGCGCAUUUCCUGCAUACCUCCCCGCUGUUGCCUCCUCUCCCUCCUCUCCCCCACUUGGGGCUUGUGAGUGAGAGCGCCGUGCUAAAAGCAUGCUCUUCUCUCUCGCCUCUCUACCUCUGACACACACACUCUGUCUCUCUCUCCCUUUUCUCUGUUACUUGUCCUCAGUCAAAGACAGGAGUCUCCGAGAGCAGCUGACGCUUUCCGUAAUUCCCACUAAGCAUCAUUUCAUUGACGGUUUUUCUCUUCCCAUCUCUGUGUCUUCAAGCACUUUUUUUCCCCCUCUAUUUUUUUCCUCUGAGCUGGAUUUCACAGCUGCUGAGGUGACUUAGGCGUCUGGACGCAACGGAUGUGCGAAGGACAGAGCAAUUGGGAGAUAACUUUCCACUCUUGCAGUCAGCGUAACACUUAUGUCAUCAGAGGAGGAGUGUUUGUUUUGAGAGAGACUUCUAGAAAAAGAUUUGUGUUUAAUUUUUCAGCCAUUUCUGAUGGGAUGUGCGGGCAUUUUCACAGUGGGAGAUUUUUUCCAGCAAGUGGAAAGUUUGGGACGCGGCAUGGCUGAUGGAACUGCAGCUGCCUACUGAAGCUCUUCCUCCAGUUCAGUCCAGGAAUGACGACUGCGUCCAUGGAGCCCAUAGGAAUCCUGGUGGAAAGGGGCGCCAAUGCCACGGUCCCACCCGUGAGCUCUCACCAGGACGCCGCCGCUACCAUCACCAUGGGCACCAUCCUCUCCAUCAUGUGCUUCGUCGGCGUCUCUGGGAACAUUUACACCCUGGUGGUCAUGUGCCACUCCAUGAGGACCGCGGCGUCCAUGUACAUCUACAUCAUAAACCUAGCUCUGGCAGAUCUGGUGUAUCUUCUCACUACCCCCUUUGUGGUGUGCACUUACUUCCUGAAGGGCUGGUACUUCGGGGACGUGGGGUGUCGGAUACUGAUCAGCAUGGAUUUCUUGACCAUGCACGCCAGCAUCUUCACGCUGACCGUCAUGAGCACGGAGCGAUACUUUGCGGUGCUCAAGCCCCUGGACACGGUCAAGCGGUCUAAAAGUUACCGGAAGGCUAUCGCGGUGCUGGUCUGGGUAGCCUCUCUAAUCCUCACCCUGCCUAUGAUUGUGACCAUUCAGCUUACAACCGUUAGAAAUAAGGCAAUGUGCCUGCCCACUUUAUCCCAGCAGUCUUACAAGAUUUACAUCUCUUUUCUGUUCUGCACAAGUAUCGUUGCUCCGGGGCUGAUCAUCGGGUACCUUUACAUCCAGCUAGCACGGACUUACUGGAUAUCACAAACAAAAAGCUUCAAGCAGACCAAGAAACUUCCUAAUCAAAAGGUGCUGUACCUGAUCUUCACCAUCGUGCUCCUCUUCUGGGCGUGCUUCUUGCCCUUUUGGAUCUGGCAGCUGCUCCAACAGUUCUGCCCCUCCUUGCCCCUCUCCCCCAAAGUCCAACGCAACAUCAACUACCUGACCACAUGCCUGACGUACUCCAACAGCUGCAUCAACCCGUUCCUCUACACGCUGCUCACCAAGAACUACAAGGAGUACCUGAGGAAGCACAAGAGGUCGUGGUCGGCCGGCAGCUACUUCAACAGACGGAACCGUUUCCAGCGGUCGCCCCGGAGGUCGCCGUCCGCCAGCAGUCAGCAGUGCACCGAGAGCUUCAUGCUCACUCACACGGCUUCCCUGCGCGCUCACAGCAGCCUGUGCGAGUCACGUCGCAGUCCGUGGAGAGAUGCAAAACAAACAGACUGAGACGAAUGAAAAGAGACGUGCGACUGUGUUCCAGACAAUAAAGAAUGAAACGAAGAGAAGAGGAAACAAAUGGAGGUAGAAACAAGUGAGAACAGAUCGGAAACUCUUCGUUAUUUGCGAGAGAAGACGAUGAUGCUGCGAUACUAUUUGGGCCUUUUUGCGCGGUGACUGAAUGACGAUAAACUGUUGGCAUUUUUGACUUUUUCACGUCUACGUCGGCCUCCUCUUAAACUUCCUGGCAUAAAAAAAGAAA